CGGGAGCCUCGCGGCACAGCGGUGCCCCACUUGGCCAUCCGCUCGGUGCUUCUUCCUCGCGCCCGCCUUCUCUUAUCACCUCCCCGUCUGACUCUUCUCGCGCCAGCCCCGCUGCCUACAUCGCCAUCGGAGUGGCACAGACAGUCAGAGGUGGGACUCCGGGCGACGGGGCGCACCCUUAAGCGAUCCCCAUCUGGACUUUGUGGGGGACGCACGGGCAACAGCAUGGAUACCAAGCGCUGCUUUGCCAACCGCUUCGAUGACUACCAGGGCAGCCUGCUGGUGGGUCAGUGCGAGGAAGCGGUGGCGCCCUUGGUCACUGCCACCAUAGAGCGCAUCCUCCAGGAGCUGCCCCCACUUGGGGGCGGCGCUGACGCCCGCGGGGCCACGGCCGGGGCUAGCAGCUGCCAGGGUGGGCUGUACAGCGGUGUAGCCGGGGUGGCCUACAUGCUGUACCACGUCUCUCAGAGCCCGCUCUUCGCCGCAGCCCGCGAGCGCUACUUGCGCUCGGCCAAGCGCCUCAUAGACGCGUGCGCCCGCGCUGAGGAGUGGGGCGAGCCGGACGCCGACACUCGGGCUGCUUUUCUGCUCGGGGGUGCGGGCGUGUAUGCUGUAGCCACGCUCGUGUACCACGCCCUGGGCCGGUCUGACUAUGUGCAGCCCCUGAGCAAGUUCCGGGCUCUGUGUGCCGUCUGUGCGCCGGUCUCCUUCCUGGAGUGUGGCUCGGACGAGCUAUUCGUGGGCCGGGCGGGCUACCUGUGUGCAGCGCUGGUGCUCAAGCAGAAACUCGCCCAAGAGGUGCUGACUCCAGCACAGAUCAAAUCAAUUUGCCAGGCAAUUCUGGACUCUGGGAAGCAGUAUGCUAUUAAGAAGAGGAAACCAUUCCCUCUGAUGUAUUCUUACUAUGGAACUGAAUACUUGGGGGCAGCUCAUGGACUGUCAUCCAUUCUCCAAAUGCUUCUUUCUUACCAUGAGCACCUCAAACCCUCAGAUCGGGAGCUGGUGUGGCAGAGUGUGGACUUCCUCAUGGAACAAGAACAGAACUGUAAUUGGCCACCUGAGCUUGGAGAGACCAUUGAGAGAGAAAACGAGCUGGUCCACUGGUGCCAUGGAGCUCCAGGAAUCGCUUAUCUGUUUGCCAAAGCUUAUCUGGUUUCCAAGAAGCCACAGUACCUGGACACAUGUAUCCGGUGUGGGGAGCUCACAUGGCAGAAGGGGCUGCUAAAGAAGGGGCCGGGGAUUUGUCACGGUGUAGCUGGAAGUGCCUAUGUCUUCCUGCUCUUGUAUCGGCUCACAGGAAACACAAAAUACAUCUACAGAGCCCAACGGUUUGCUCAAUUCUUAUUUACCGAGGAAUUCAAGGCUGGUUCACGGGUCCUUGAAAGUAUAUACAGCUUGUAUGAAGGCUUCUCCGGGACGGUGUGCUUUCUGAUUGAUCUGCUGCAGCCCAAUCAGGCUGAAUUCCCUCUGUUCAGCGUCUUUGUUUAAAAGGUUCCAUCUUCCAUUAUGGCCCUGAGUUUUCCUGAGCCCCCAUUAGACAGUUUCCACAUAAGACACCUCCAAUGGUAUCAUAACCAUGAGCCUUAACAUUGCCACCAGAAGGAUAAGAGCAGGCAGGUAAAGGCAGUAUGAUACCAGACUGGAGGGAGAACCUGCAAACUAAAGACACCACAACUCAUAUAAAAACUAAAAAUUGACUAUUUUGAGAGGUAGACAUAAAGCCAGAUCUCAGAGGGAAAGGAAGAGAAAUGAUCUAUUUCUCAGUUAAUGGCAUAGAAAGCAAGACUGAAAUAGGGACAAUAGCAAUAAAUUGGUAAUACUUUCAUAAUAGGAGAGCGAAUUUUACCAUCUGUGGAUGCCCUCCACCCCGAAAUUCAAGCAUAAAGACAAUCAGAAACUUAAUUACAUUUGCCCACUAUAAACUGUUAGCAGGGAUGAACUGUCAGGAUGAAGGACACGAAGGAAUCCCUUGGUUGUCCUAGGCCUUUACUUAUUAAAAUUCAUUAUUUUUACUGAAUGGAGAUAUUUGUAAAUGCAUUUAUUUUUAAUCAUUACCCUGAGCACUUUACGACACCAUAACUUUAUUUAAAUGCUAAAAUUGGAAGCUUCCUUGGGCCUUAGAAUAUCUCUUUUCCUAAUUCAUAUUUUCUUUCCUCAAGCUCAAUUAGACUAGGACAAUUCAGGGUGGGAGGGAAUAUGGCUCAGUGGUAAGAUGUGUGCCUAACAUGCACCAGGCCCUGGGCUCUUUCCCAGCACUAAACAAAUAAUAGUUGAGCAAAUACUGUAGGAAGUGUUACUGUCAAGUGUUUUUCUCAGUUUGAAGUGUGAUCUGUGUAUUGUCUAUGCUAGUAAUUUAAAAAUACCUUUAUAUAUGUAAUAUCUAUAAGCUUUUUGUCAAACUGUAAAAUAAGCUCUUGGUGAAAAUUACUCAUCUCAAAGAUGAGGGUAAUCACUACAAAGAUGUGCCAUUUGGUGAAUUCUGUGUCACUUGGGAUAGCUAGUCACUGGCCUAGAAAAGCAUCAGUGCUUGUGUAAAGCAUUAUUGAUUAAUUUUACAGUAUUAGAUUAAGAGAUGAGUGAACUUCCAGGAUUGUCAGUGUACCUUCUAAGGCACAGGGUCUUCUGGAACUUGCUCAUAAUACACAUUGUUAUCAUACCACAUUGAAUUCUGCUGUAAACACAAAAAAGUUGUAAAAGGCUUCAGAAAACAGUGGGCUGGAGAAUACUAUAGGUGCAUCUAGAAUAUGUAUAAAAUUAAUUUACCCCUAUCCUAGAAUUUAAUCACAGACAACUUCAUAUAUCACACGAUGGGGAAACUGUACUGUAUGAGACUUAGUCAUUAGGUACUUUGGAUAUGUACGUAUACCCCUGUACCUAUGUAUAUGCUGCAUCUAUCCUCAUAGAAACUUAAGUAUCUCUUUUUUAGUUCAGUAGUUCCUGAUUUGAAUUGGGAAGAAUUAGGGAAAUACUGUUACCUAAAAUCAUUUGUAUGUAUGUUGGUGUGGGUGGAUGCAUACACCAAUGGGUUUUCGUGGGAUUGUGUAAGUGAAUUUGUGUUCCUGUGCACUUUUUGAGGAAGAGGACCUCUACUAUUUCUAAGAUUUUCAGAAUCUUACCAAUAAAAGGUAAACAUAAUCUUUGGGCUGGGAGCCGGUGGCUCACGCCUGUAAUCCUAGCUAUUCAGGAGGCUGAGAUCUGAGGACCAUGGUUCAAAGCCAGCCCUGGCAGGAAACUCCCAGAAAUGCUUAUCUCCAAUUA